AUGGCACCCAGAGAUCUGAGACCGUCAGUCGAAUUUGUCAAUACUCCGGGGCAUGAGGCAUCGCCUCUUUACCAUGAUUCUGCCACCGUCACGGCGGCAGGGCGACUAGUCUUCACUUCUGGUGUUGUCGGAGUCAAAGAUGGUCGGAUUGUUAAGGAACUCAAGCCACAAGUCAAGCAGGCUUUCGAGAAUCUUGCUUCCACCCUGGCCGCUUCGGGAUCGCGACCAGUCGAUAUCCUCCAUCUGAGAUUCUACGUAGUCAACUGGCAUUGGACCGAGACGGAACAUCUUGUUAAGGAAUGGAUGGAUUUUGUAGGACAUAAGCCUCCCACAUGCCUGGUACCGGUCCUGAAACUCUAUCAAGAAGGGGUAUUCUUCGAAGUGGAAGCCGUGGCGGCUACUGGAGGUUGCCAGAAGGUAUGGAGCAGUCCUGGGCCUUCGAUCUUAGGCCUUCAGGCAGCACCAACCAAAACAGAUGUCGUCGUUGUCGGUGGAGGAUUCAGUGGCGUCCAAGCUGCAUAUGACUUGCACAAGAGUGGUCUGAGAGUCAUUCUUUUGGAAGCGACUCAUCGUAUUGGUGGACGGAGCAAAACCAUCAAGCUCGCAAGUGGUCCAGGCUACACUGAGCUCGGAGCUACAUGGAUCAACAAGACCACGCAGCCCAAGAUAUACGCCCAUGCCCAGCGACUCGGGUUGACAUUCAUCGAACAAUACAAUCCACCGGAGGCCUUUGGGGUCUUUCAGAAGACGAAUGGUGUCGUGGCGCGUGCAAAGGUAUCGGAUCCGGCUUAUUCAGGUCCAGAGUUCUCUGCGAAGGAGACGAAAUCGUUCAAUAAGUUCUUGGAAGCUUUUCAGUGGGAACUGACCGAAAAUCCGAACAUCGACAUCAACAACACCAGUAGCUUUCCCAAUGCAGAAGACCUCAGCGUAGCAGAGUGGGCGAAAAAGCGACAACUGGGACAUACAGGCGAGCAAGCUGCCGCUGCACUGUGUCGUGCCAACGUGGGCAGGGAGCCUGACGAAGUAGGCAUCCAUUAUUGGGCCGACUAUGUCAAAUCCGGUGGAGGUCUGUACUCUCUGAUCUCUGAUGACGAACUGGGAGCCCAGAACCUGUUCAUCAAAGAGGGGACUUCUGCAAUCGCUCAAGGUCUUGCCGCCGAAUUGAAGCCAGGCUCGGUCUUGGUUAACAGUGCAGUCGACGAGAUCAAUCAACAUGGGGAUCAAGUAUUGCUUACCACUGUCAACGGCUCUCGAUUUCUGGCCAACAAAGUGAUCAUGGCCAACCCCACCAACACAUACACAAAGAUCAAGUUUACUCCUCCGCUUCCACAGGGCAAGCGCACGCUGGUCACCCAGACGCGACCUGGGAUAUAUGCCAAAGCGUGCAUCACAUAUGCAAAGCCGUGGUGGAGAGAGUUAGGUCUGUUAGGCAAGUUCAGAAGCUAUCAAGGUCCAAUCUGCUUCUCCUGGGAACUGUCGGUUUUUGACCUCAACUCGUACACACUGGCGUUGUUCAUUGCCGGUAAAGCUGCUGAAGAGUGGUACAAAUUGACCCCUCUUGCUCGCGAGCAAGCCGUCCUCGAGCAUCUGAGCAAAUUCGUCGAGCCAGAACAGCGACAUCUGGUCGACAACGUGCUCGAGUUCAACAUGGGCACAUGGUCCGAGGAGGAAUGGAUGGGGGGAGCGCCAACGUCUGCGAUGCCUCCAGGUUACUUGUCUCGUUUUGGCGAGGAGCUCCGUGCUCCGUGGAAGAAUGUUCACUUUGCAGGUGGUGAGACUGCGAGAGAGUGGAAGGGUUACCUUGAAGGUGCAUUGAGGGCGGGAAGUCGUGCAGCUGACGAGGUUAUCUCUAUCAUGGGCUCUAAAGGGCAUCUCUAA